AUGGCAAGCGCAAGUUCUGCAGAAGGCGCACACGAGACUAACCCCGAAAAGGUCAAGCUCGUCACGGUUCUGAGCAUCGAUGGUGGCGGCGUCAGAGGAAUCAUCCCCGCCACCAUCCUUGCCUUCCUCGAAGAGAAGCUCCAAGAACUGGAUGGGCCGGAUGCUAGGAUCGCCAACUACUUCGACGUUGUCGCCGGCACGAGCACCGGCGGUCUCCUGACGGCGAUGCUCACAGCCCCUGGCCAGAACGGACGGCCGCUCUUCGACGCCAAGGAUUUGGCGCAGUUCUACAUCGACCACUCGCCCAAAAUCUUCCCACAGAAGAACUGGAUCCUGUCGAAGAUCGCCGGCACGCUGAGGAUGGUGAGGGGACCGAAGUACGACGGCAAGUACCUCCAUGCCCUGCUUCGUCAGUACCUCGGCGACAUGAGGUUGGACAGGGCGCUAACAAAUGUGGUCAUCCCGACGUUCGACAUCGCGUUCCUGCAACCCACGAUUUUCUCAAGCUUUGAGGCCAUUAACGAUGUCUCCAAGGACGCUCUGCUCUCGGACGUGUGCAUCAGCACGUCUGCCGCGCCGACCUACCUCCCAGGGCACCAGUUCGAGACCAAGGACAAGGACGGCAAGCCCCGGGCCUUCAACCUCAUCGACGGAGGCGUCGCAGCAAACAAUCCGACGCUGCUGGCGAUGACGCACGUGAGCAAGCAGAUCCUGCUGGGCAACCAGGACUUCUUCCCGAUCAAGCCCGCGGACUACGGCAAGUUCAUGGUGCUGUCCCUGGGCACGGGGUCCGCCAAGGUGGAGGAGAAGUUCGACGCCGUGCAGUGCAGCAAGUGGGGAAUCCUGGGGUGGCUCUACAACAAGGGCGCCACGCCCAUCAUCGACAGCUUCAGCCAGGCCAGCUCCGAUCUCGUCGACAUCCACGCCUCCGUGCUCUUCCAGGCGCUGCACUGCAGCAAGAGCUACCUCCGCAUCCAGGACGACGAGCUCAAGGGCGAGACGGCGUCCGUCGACGUGUCUACUAGGGAGAACCUGAACCACCUCGUCGACGUCGGCAAGGCGCUGCUGAAGAAGCCGGUGUGCAAGGUGAACAUUGAGACCGGCAAGAACGAGCCGGACGGGCAUAGGGGCACCAAUGAGCAGGAGCUGAUCCAUUUCGCCCAAAUGCUCGUAGAUGAGCGACGGGCAAGGCUUCACAAGAAAGGCAACAGCACACUGUAA